GGGCACGGCGGGGCUGUGGUGUCCCGGCCGCCGCCGAGGCCUCUGGGCUGGGCCAGGCAGGGGACAACCCCGGCGGACACCCCACCAGCAAGCCGGGGGUGCGGGGCCCGGCGGGGUGCCCGGACCUCCGCGCCCACCUUCCCCGCGGGGCCGUGCCACCCCCCUCCCAACCCCCGCCCCCGCCGAGCCCCCUCCACGGCUAUAAAGGGCGGCGGGGCGGCCCGGGCCCCCUCCUGGCCCGCUGCCAUGGCCGCGCUGCGCUUCGGGGAGCCUCCGGCGGAGCCGUCCGCUUUCCCCGCAGGACGGUGGGCGGGGGGCGGCGGGCCCGGCGCGGCCUCCCCCGGCCUCAGGGCGCUUCCCGCGGCGGGACGGGCGGCGGAGCCGUCGGAGGGGGCGCCGGCGGCGGCCUCACAGCGUCGGAAGCGGACCAGCUUCACGGCGGCGCAGCUGGAGACGCUGGAACUGGUCUUCCAGGACACCAUGUACCCCGACAUCUACCUGCGGGAGAAGCUGGCCGACGCCACACAGAUCCCCGAGUCCCGCAUCCAGGUCUGGUUCCAGAACCGCCGCGCCAAGUCCCGCCGCCAGCGGGGACCGCUCCGCACCGGCCCCGCCGUCCCGCCGCCGCCCCCGGGCUACCCGCCGCCGCCCCGCUUCGCCGCCCUGCGCCCUCCGGAGCGGCCGCGCUGCGCCCUCUCCGGCCCGGCCCCUACCGUCCCCAUCAAGGAGGAGGGCUCGGCCCCCGGCGAGUGGCCGCCGGCCGCCGCCUUCCCCCCUGGCCCCGGCUUCGAGGGCUUCCCGGCCGGCCGGCCCGGCGGGACCGAAGCUGCCUCCCUGUCGGGGCCGCCCCCCUUCCCGCCGGCCCGCGCCUUCUGCGGGCGGUACUCGCCCGUCUCGGACGCCGAGGACACCAGCGGCUACUCGGAGUCGGGCUCGGAGUGGGAGGAGAACGCCCUGGGCGCCUUCCGAGCCCUCUGAGCGCCGGCAGGACCCGCCCCGG